GGACGAUAAAGCACACACUGAAGAAGAACAUCCAAGUGGGCGCUUUUCCUUUCUGUGCUUCACAGCAGCAAAACAGCCAAAUUAGCUGAAAAGCUCGUUAUUUAGAUCUUCUUUUCUCACACACAAAAAACUCCCUGUUUCUCAUUGUUAUCGAAAAAAAGAGACCUGACGGUCUGUAGAAUCCCAACCCGCGUCGAAGCGACUUUUAAAGUUUUGAAUUACCACAGUGGAAAACAACAUCAGCAGACACCCAUACGUUCUCACAAGCCAACAUGACGGACAGUCACCAACAGCAGUCGAUCAAGGAGCUGAAGCGGGAGCUGCAGCGUCUGGAGGACUCGUUGAUGGAGCGUGAGGAGGCUCUGCGGCGAAAGAGACAGCAGUCGCAGGCGCUGAACACGCAGCUGGCGGAUGAGCGUGCCGCAACAGGUGCGCAGGAAGAGGCGCGGUCCGCGGCCAGCACCGAUUACCGAAAUGCUGCUCGCGUGAAGCAGGUGCUCGAAGGCGGGCAGAAUCGGAGCGGCCAGAUUUCCUAUUCCAGCCGUGAAGAUUGCGUUGGGCAGCUGAUGGAAUCGGACGAGAGUCGCAAAGGCGUAGAGUCCGACAUUGGGGAGCUCUCUUCGUACAUCAAGGAGCUUCGGGAGAAGAAGAUGGACGCGCAGAAACGGCUGACGGUGGUUCGCUUGAUGUCCAUGCUGGAUGAUCUUCAGGAUUUGCUGAAAAAAAAGGUCUUUGGCCCGAACGGGGGCGAAGAGGCGCGUGCACAGGAGUUGCUGAAAUCCAUCCAGGAGUUGUCGCGUGAGCGGGAGCGAACACUGAACCUACUCUCGAAGAAGGAACGCGAGAUGGGCGCGCUCAUCGACUUGAAGCAGCGGAGAAUCGAGGAGCUGCGCAAUGAGUCUUCUAGAAACGCGUGCGUUUACGCCGACUCUAACAAGUUGGAAGCCCGCUCGGUCGCAGAGCGCAUCCAGGCCGAACGCCGGCAACUCUUGCAGGAGAUUGAGCAUUUAGAGGAGGCCAACAGUAGAAUGGCGGAUGUGCUGGUGGAUACCAAGUACACAACACAAUCCGCCAUCAAAGACCGCGACGAAGCGUUGUCUGGCGACGCUGCGAUGGGCGCGUCGCGUAACCCCGAGAAGGAAAGUAAGCAGCUGCGCGAGCGCAUCCAGAAGGCGAACGCAGAGCGGCUCGUGUUCGAAAGGAAGACAGAGGAGGUUCAGAACAGCAUUGACGAGCACACCGCAAAAUACAACGCACGAAUGUCGAAGUUGCGGCGUGAGAUUUUGUUCUAUCAAGAUGAGAGCUCUCGCUUUGAGAAGGAGAACCAGAACUUGAAGAUGCUGUGUGACACACUUGCCGCUUCUAUUGACAGCUAG